AUGGAGCACCCGCAAGGCGGCCAGCAUGGUGGUCCUCCAGCAGUGGGGGUUCAAAAGAAACGUCAGAGAGUGUACCAACACUGGCAGGGCAACGAGAGGUUCUUCUGUUGGGGUUACCUGGUCGCCGGUCCGAAUUGGAAAGCAGGUAUUGGAACAGCGCUUGUAAUUGCAGUUCCAGCUGGCGUAUUCUUGGCCUUCGUGGCGCCCUAUAUGGGCGUGCAUGUACACGCUAUUAUCCUUGUGAUCAGCUGCAUUCUCCCCGUGCUGGCCGUCUGGUUUCUUAUGUUGACGGCCUGCCGCGACCCUGGUAUUAUCCCCCGGCAAGAGCCAGACCAGGAGUAUCUGAGCGGAACGAAGCCAAGGACUAAGGAGGUUUUUGUAAACAACCAGCGCGUCGUCAUUCGUUACAACGACACGUGUCAUUUUUACCAACCGCCCCGCGCUCACCAUUGCUCAGUGAACGACAACUGCAUUGAGCGGUUCGAUCACCACUGUCCCUGGGUGGGCACCACUAUCGGGCUGCGCAACUACCGGUCGUUCUUGCUGUUUGUCUACACGACAACCGUCCUGUGCUUGUACGUAUUUGGUGUGUGCAUCGCGAUGCUGUUUGUUAAGCAUAAUGAGCUUGUUCAAGACGCGCGGGAUGCGGGCAGGGCCACGAGCAGCCUUUGGGGCAAGGCCCUGGGAAAGUGCAUCCCUGCGCUGGUGCUCAUGGGCUACACUUUUCUGUUCUUUUGGUUUGUGGGCGGCUUGUCGGUAUUCCAUGCUUAUCUGGUGGCUACAAAUCAGACAACAUAUGAGAAUUUCAGGCAAAUAGCAUUCAGCCUGCCGGUUUCCAUCCUGAACAGGUAUAACCAUGACAACAGACCCAACCCGUAUUCACGAGGUUGCCUGGGCAACUGCGCGGAGGUGUGGUGUACACCCAUUCCGCCGUCCAAAGUGCAGUUCCGGGCAUAUGUAGACGAAGCCAAACCACCUACGGGCCAGCCAUAUUCGCCCUACCUAAAUGGACCCGGCUCACAAAUGCAGCAAGAAGGAGCCGGGCAGGAGCAGGGUGGUGGCAACGGUGGCGGUGGCGUGUUUGCCCUUGAGCCAGCCAGCCAGCCUCAAGCGCCUAUUGUGGUUCCACCGUCACACCAACAGGCCGGUGUAAGCUUAGGUUCAAUUGGGGGUGGUUAUGCGUACAACCAGGUUGCUAGCGCAAAUGGGGCAUCGUACGACCCUGCUGGACUUGGUCAGUCGUACGGGAUUCCGUACGGAGGACAUAGUCAGCGGUAUGAUAUCGGAGCCGGACAAUCAAAUCGUCAUGGUGAUAUGCACAGUGUCACCUACAGCGACGCAGGCGCUGGCUGGGCAUCUGGCAACGAGCAGCAGGUUAAGUCCGCUGGCACCUUUACCAGUCAGACUGUGCCGUCGACGAGCGGGCCUGGCCUGAGCGGGUCUCCGCGGGGAUAUGCUGGUGGCGGGUACACACAUAUGGCAAUGGGCGGGCAGGGCAUAGCCGGGCGUAGUGGCUACGCUGCGGUUAACAGUUACCAAUCUGGGCAUGGAAUUUCGUCGUACUAUGCCGAUCAGUACGACAUAGAGGAUGACGAAUAUGCUGAAUACGCUGAAGGGGAUGAGGAGGAGGAGGCGCACGUUCAUAGCCAGUCUCCGGCACAGGAUUCUGCGCAUCAGCAGCAGGGCCCGUAUGCGACGGGCUUCGACGAGCGGUGUGAGCAGUGCGGAAUAGUCAGUACAUAGACUGCAGCUACAGAGGUUAGGGGGCACUUACAUUUCACGGAUACGUUGUAGGUCUGCACGACUCGGAUUACAGGCCGUAAGGACGAAAGCAUAUAAAAUUCGCAUGACUGCAGUUUUUCAUAGGUUGAGCAUGUGUACGCGGCUGGAGGUCUCGCGGUUUCGUUGGUUUACCAUGCGAUAAAAUCCUGCAUCUGGGCCGGGCCCCAAGGUUUAAGGGUUGGUAUUCCUAAAGGUGUAAGUUGGCAUAAG